GAACUGUCCGGCUUCACCCUGGACCGCGUGGCUUUCGAGGACGGCAAAGGGAAGUGUCCCUACGACCCCACCAAGGGCCACACCGGCCUCAUCGUGGACGGGGAGCUCUACUCCGCCACCUUCAACAACUUCCUGGGCACCGAGCCCGUCAUCCUGCGCAACCUGGGCCCGCACUACUCCAUGAAAACCGAGUAUCUCACCUCCUGGCUCAACGAGCCCCACUUCGUGGCUUCGGCGUACGUGCAGGAGAGCGCGGCCAGCAGCACGGGGGACGACGACAAGGUUUACUUCUUCUUCAGCGAGCGGGCGGUGGAGUACGACUGCUACGCCGAGCAGGUGGUGGCCCGGGUGGCCCGGGUCUGCAAG